AUGGCUGAGAAAACCGCACGACAUGCAGCCGACGCCGUUGCAAUUUCUGCUGCAAGGGCGUCGGAAAGUUCUGCGCAAAAGCGCAUAAUGCGGCAACGCGAUGCAAUUUCAACUUCCGCUGCUAGAGCUGUAGAAGGACCUACUGAAAGGCUUGAAAGGUUGAAGACUGUUAACCAGCUCCGCCAUGCACAGCGAGGGCUCUGUAACUCACCAAAGCAGUUUUGGUUUAAGCUGGCGUUCAAAUAUGAGCCAGUUUUGAGGCUUUCCGGUCGCAAAGACCUCCAAAUAGGAUACACGUCAGUUGUUUGUGGGCAUUGCAAUGCUAAAAAAUGUACUGGAGAGUCUGCAGAUUUGUGUUGUUCAGACGGUAAGGUACAGUUGCCACCUUUUCAAGAGCUACCUGCUCCGUUGAAAGCUCUGUUGGAGGGUUCCAGUCCAGACUCCAAACAUUUCCUCGCAAAAAUCAGACAGUACAAUUGUUUCUUCCAGAUGACCUCUUUUGGUGGUAAUGCCUUCCGUGAAGUCGGAUGGAAUCCCACCUUCAAGGUUCAAGGUCAGGUUUACCACCGGAUUGGGUCUCUUUUGCCGAAAACUGCCACUGAUUCGGCCUUUCUAGAAAUAUACUUCAUAGCUGACUACAGUCAACGGGAAAAUGCCCGCAUUGGUAUUAUUCCCGAGAACGAUACAGGCCAGGACAAUCAUCCUCGCAGGGAUAUCAUAAUGAGUCCCCAACAAAUGCUCCACGAGACAAACAGCUAUGUCCGCGGUUUUAAGUAUGCUCUCGAAAAUAACACUUCUUCUGAUUUCAUUAUUGUAAGUGAUGAUGACAAACGGCCUCAGUGA